AUGACGCAUGUUCCACGGCCAUAUCCUGUCCCUGGUAGUGCACACUAUGCUGAUGUGUUUGCUAUUCCCACCAAAAUUGACAACAUUCCUCGUCCACCGGAUGACUUUCAACUUAACCCCGAACACAAAUUAAGAAAGAGCACAAUUCUGGUGCUUUAAAGCUGGAGGAUGAAGAGUCGUUACGCACUUUUUCGGAAAAAUACUGCGUCGCGGUAGAAUUAGUCCGACAAUAUCUGCAGCACCUUAAUAAUAUGGAGAGAGUUAGAUUAAUCAAAAUGAAUGAACGAUAGAAGUUGAAAGAGGCAAAGAAACGAAAAAAGUACACAGAUUAUAACGCAUGGAAGGAGCUUGUUGAAACAGGUCACAUUUCGGAUUCGACAGUCCCAGAACUAAACAAAUACCUCAGGAAGCACAACCUGCAACUGAAAGGAAAGAAGAAUGUGAAACUAGAUACAAUUAAGCGACACGUUUAUAUACACAUUGGAGAUGAAAUGAUUGAUGAUGACGUCUACAACUUCGAGAGGAACAACGAGAACAACGCAGAUGGCGAAGAGAGUGAAAAUGAGCGGGCAGAUGAUGUACUCAGUGGUGGUGAAGACAGUGAUGAAUGUGACGAAAAUACUUUUGUUCUGAACAUAAUUUCUGACUCAGAUUCGGAACAUUCAGUUCCUGAUUUUCCGGGGAACGAUGCAGAAGAAGAGUUGGCAGACAAUAACAGUCCCUUGGUAAACAUAACUUUAAGAUCUGGCAGAACUGCUACGAGGUUCUUUUUACAUAUCUUUUCUAUUUAG